ACAACAUGAGGGACUCAUGCACUGAGCAAACAGGGAAAGAUCAGAAACAUUCUGUGAAUUUUAUCACCACGGUGUCAAAGUUUGCUGAUGAAAAUCUGACUCUUGUCCGGAACAUCAGCACAGGACUCGCUUUAGCUGGUGUGAUUAUAAUUGCAAGGAGCAUCAGGCUGAUGACUAAAUUCGGCUCUCCGUCUGAAAUCCCGGCCCGCUUCAUUGAGAGAAACGUCAGCAUUCGAGGAAAAGUCAGAAGUGUAACAGAGAGGGGGCUAGAAGUGGAACAUGUCCCGAUACAUGUCCCCUUAUUGUCUCCUUUGCUGACUAAACGUCAGGUCGCGACCCCGUUGCGUGUCUGUUUGGCCGGGGUGGAUUUGACCCCACAGGGCCGUGAGUGGCUCGCUGAGACUCUGAGGAGAGAUGAGAUGGUGUGGCUACGACUGAUCAGCCAACGAGACGAGAACCUACACUGCCUGGUGUCACUCAGCGGGGGUUUUCUCUUUAAAACAUCCAUAAAUGAACAGAUCCUGCUCCUGGGUCUGGGCAGGACGGCGCCUCUCCACGGCCUCGACCCUCACUCUCGUCUCUACUGGAGACUCCAUGCACGACUGCUGAAGUGUGAGCUCAGGGCUGAGAAGAAGGGCCAGGGCCUCUGGAAACGGGAGAGUCUGAGAGAAAAGGUCACACAAGCCAUCAGCAAUAACACCGUGAUCACAGCCAUGAAGAGAAUCGUAAAGUGGGUGUUAAGGAUGAAGGACCAGUGAAGAAGAGGUGGUGGAUUCCUGAGAUGGACAUGCUGAGUGAAACAAUGUGGAUAAUAAAUGUGUAUUUUGGUGUGUUCUGGAGGAAAUGAAUAUUGAAGCGCUUGCAUUUAGCACAAUUUGUGUCCAAUUUGUUUUGUUUCUUUUCCCAACGUUGGAUGUAAAUAUCUUCAUCGACCAAACUUUACAAAAAUAUUUCUGCCUGAUUCACAAAAAUUCUGAAUUUUCUGUGUAUAUUCAGCAAUCAGUCUGCAAUGACCAAGCACAUUCACGACACAUAUUUAACCAUGUCGCAAACCUAUAAAAGGCAAAGCUCACAGCUGAAAAUGGCAAAAUUGUGACUAAAUGUUGAAACAGUGCCUCCUAAGCAUGAAGUAGUAAAUUUUCGAGUAAUGUCAAGUUUAUUUUUAUAGUGCUUUUAACAACAGACAUUGUCGCAAAGCAGCUUUACAGAAAUUUAAAGACUUUAAACAUGAGCUACAACCCCGAUUCCAAAAAAGUUGGGACAAAGUACAAAUUGUAAAUAAAAAUGGAAUGCAACAAUUUACAAAUCUCAAAAACUGAUAUUGUAUUCACAAUAGAACAUAGACAACAUAUCAAAUGUCGAAAGUGAGACAUUUUGAAAUUUCAUGCCAAAUAUUGGCUCAUUUGAAAUUUCAUGACAGCAACACAUCUCAGAAAAGUUGGGACGGGGCAAUAAGAGGCUGGAAAAGUUAAAGGUACAAAAAAGGAACAGCUGGAGGACCAAAUUGCAACUCAU